AUGGAACAAGAAUGCUUUGAUCUUCGUGCGCAAAGCUGUCUUCUUGGUGUUGACGGCUUCCUCCGGUUCUCAGGCCUCAUUGCCCUGACUGGCCUAAAUCCUCCAAGCCCAAUCAUGUCCCCCGGACGAGUUCCUCGCUGCGCCAAAACCGCACAGACCACGCCGAUCCACAUUGUGCGCAGGAGCUCAACUACUCCGUCCUUGGCCAAUUUUAUGAGCCACCAAUUGCGUCGCCAAAGUCUGAUAUGUAUUGUGAUUGCGUUUCCGCAUGACUUGGUUAACCGCGCGAAGAAACAGAAGGGAUGCAUAUUUUAUGCAUCUUCUUCUCUCCGACCAUUAUUUUUCAAGACACCCGGCUCCCAGCGCUCGGAAACACCCCCAAGAUGCGCAUAUACACUCAUUCGCCGAAUCCCUAAAUUCCGUGUUAUAUAUAUCAGCCUCGUUAUAUUUACGCAAUUCCCUUCCAUUGUGAUGAAGUUAUAUUCCCUCCUGAUAAUUGCAAUCCUUAGUAUCUCCGCCUCGACCUUGCCAACCGCAAUAUCACCAGAACUUGGAAGAAAGGAUAGCAUUGAACGACGGGGUGUAAUUCCGGGCUGGGAUUGGUUAGACGACCUCUUCGGAAAAUCAAAACCAAAGGGCGGGCAGACCACCGAAAAUGGGGUCAAAAAGUUCAAGGGUUGUCAGCCGUUAACUCUGAUAUUCGCCCGGGGAACGGACGAAAUCGGGAAUAUGGGAGAAAUAGUCGGUCCUUCUCUAACAACCGCAUUGAGAACCCUUCUGAAAGGAAAGGUCACUGUCCAAGGAGUCGAUUACCCUGCCUCUCUUCUAGGAAACUUGGACUUCGGGGAAGAUGGUGGAAAAACCAUGGUUGACCUCGUCAACCAGUCGCUGUCGCAAUGCCCUAAUAGUAAGGUAGUCCUUGCUGGAUACUCUCAGGGAGCUUCAGUGAUCCAUAAUGCCUCUAUGGAUCUCCGGGAUGCUCAAAUAGCAAGAGUCGUGCUCUUUGGUGACCCGCUCCGUGGCCUUCCCCUCGUAGCUAUUGCCGAAGAUAAGGUGAUGGAGAUAUGCGCAAAAGGAGAUCCUAUAUGCCGAGGCGGUUUAGAUAUCUCCGCUCAUUUGUCAUAUGCAGCGGAUGCGAAUAGCGCUGCUUCAUUCCUUGCAGAAGCCGUAACAGGGAAACAUUGA